AUGGCUGGAUCUGCCAUGUAUGAGCUUGUUCGAGUGGGUCAUGGUGAAUUGGUAGGAGAGAUCAUUCGUCUAGAAGGCGACUUCGCCACAAUCCAAGUCUACGAAGAGACAUCGGCCGUCACAAUCGGAGAUCCAGUGUUGCGUACAGGAAAACCGCUUUCGGUGGAGCUUGGUCCCGGAAUUAUGGGUUCCAUUUUUGACGGAAUCCAGCGUCCUCUUAAAGAUAUUGCCGACAUGACACAGUCAAUCUACAUUCCUAAAGGAGUUUCAACGAAGGCUCUUUCCCGUGAGGCACGUUGGGAUUACACUGUAAACAAGGACAUCAUCGUGGGAUCUCAUGUUACUGGUGGUGAUGUACUUGGAACUGUGCAUGAAAAUCUGCUCAUCAAGCACAAGGACAUACUGUUAGAAGUCGAGUUUGCCGGACAAAAAGAGAAAUUUGCUAUGCUCCAAAUUUGGCCCGUCCGUAAUCCUCGUCCUUGUGCAGAAAAGCUAGCCGCUAAUAAUCCACUGCUAUGUGGUCAGCGAGUACUUGAUGCGCUUUUCCCAUGCGUACAAGGAGGAACUACUGCUAUUCCAGGCGCCUUCGGUUGUGGAAAAACUGUUAUCUCUCAAUCUCUUUCAAAAUAUUCCAACUCGGAUGCUAUUAUUUAUGUAGGAUGUGGUGAGCGCGGAAAUGAAAUGUCUGAGGUACUUCGUGACUUCCCUGAACUAACUAUGGAGGUUGAUGGAGUAACCACUUCAAUCAUGAAGCGUACAGCUCUUGUGGCAAACACCUCCAAUAUGCCUGUCGCUGCUCGUGAAGCUUCCAUUUACACUGGUAUCACCUUGGCCGAAUACUUCCGUGAUAUGGGCUUGAACGUAGCUAUGAUGGCUGACUCAACUUCUCGAUGGGCAGAAGCACUUCGUGAGAUUUCUGGACGAUUGGGAGAAAUGCCUGCUGAUUCUGGUUAUCCUGCAUAUCUUGCCGCUCGUCUUGCUUCGUUCUACGAACGUGCUGGUAAAGUGAAAUGUCUUGGAAAUCCACAACGCGAAGGAUCCGUCACAAUUGUCGGCGCUGUCUCGCCUCCUGGUGGAGAUUUCGCUGAUCCUGUCACAUCCGCUACUCUUGGUAUCGUGCAGUUCCUGUUCCUGUCUCCGUAA